AUGGCUGCCAACGGCCAUGGCUUACCUCGAAACAACGCUUCAUCAUGGAACCCUGCCGCUCUCCUCCAGCCAAACCACCACCAGUCUCCGGCUGCCAUCUCCAUCCCGUCUUCACCGUCUUCAACAACCCAGGCUCCGCCACCGACAGCUCAGUGUCAGCAGCAGUCCCAACCAAUGGUGUUUCAGUUCCUAGACGGGAAUGAAGCCUCUUCAUCAACCGGUCCUCCCAGUGGUGCGUCUACCCCUGCAGUUUCCAGUGACGCUACCCCUAGUGGCGGCGUUCGCCCUGGGAAUUGGGUUGAAAAGGUCCAUAACGUCCAGGCCCGCUCCGAGGUACCGGAACCAAAGCGUCGCAGGGUGUAUAUAGACGAUGGCCAUCAUCAUAAAAAGAUACCAGUCCGGGCCAACAGCGGAAGUGUCCUGGGCCAAUAUGUCUUGGAAACCCACCGGGAGACCUCAGGUUCAAUGUCCCUGCCCGCCUCGCCCACGGUGGACUUGACGAGCGGAAACGAUGACGAUGUUAUUGCCAUAGACGAUCCCCUCGACGAGGAGGUGUGCUAUGGCCUCCUCAAGACCCACCUGAACUGUACCAGAGUGCCCUCCGCCAAGCCGGGUUCCCAGAGCCUCUGGGGCGCAGGCUAUUGGCCUGCUAUCAAGGUGGUUCUUAGGAGGCAGGUUGACGACAAGACUAAUAGGAUUCCGGUAUACGACCAUACAAGGGAGAUCAUCGGUCAACUCCACGCUUCGAGUGCCGUUGCGCUGUCACCCCUCCUUGAUUCGAGAAUCAACAUGAGGACUGAAUGUCGCCUCCCUCCGCAUCCUAAGAGGCCUGGCGAGGAACCUGGCCAGCCCACGUCGCAGUCAUACCCUCUAGACAUUACCGUCUACGGCCCCGUUCGAUCUGCUAAGAACGUUGGCGGCUGGCUGGCCAAGCACAACCUCCGACUCAUUUCUCCGACCUUGGUGCCAAAGGGUAUCAAGGUCUUCAACCCGCACGUCAGCCAGUUUCAACCCCCACCGGCCAGGGUCUAUCCUACACAAUCCCACGGCAGUGCCGUGGUGUCAUCAUCCUCAAUGAACAGAACCGUCGAGGAGAUGAAGUCUGAGGUUAUGGGUGUAUUUGACUCGCUCGCCCGCAGCGAGGACCUGCCCGAAACUGAGCCCGAUUCCCGCAUCAUCACUCCCCUUCUCAAGCACCAGAAGCAGGGCCUCUACUUUAUGCAAGCUAGGGAAGAGUUACAGCGCGACCGUCCUGGACAGGUGGCCCUCACAUCGUUUUGGAAGAUUAAGAUGACUCCUACGCACGAGAGAAGGUACUACAACGUCAUCACGCAGCAUGCUCAGAGGGAGCCGCCUCCCGAGACGCGCGGUGGGAUCCUGGCCGACAUGAUGGGUCUGGGAAAGACACUGAGUAUUCUUUCUCUCGUCGCCAGUUCUAUAGAGGCCGCUCGCGUUUGGGAGGGCUCCGAGCCUUCUCAACCCACGGCCCCCGAGACUAAACCGACGCGUCAGGAUGUCCUUUCCAGCCAAGCGACCUUGCAUCUGACGCCCCUGAUACGCAAUUCCAGGGCGACUCUUCUUGUGUGUCCCCUGAGUACAGUGACCAACUGGGAGGAGCAGAUUAAGCAGCACGUACAAGACAAGGCCCUCUCAUAUCACAUCUAUCACGGGUCGGGUCGGAUCAAGGAUCCGGCCAAGCUGGCCGAGUUUGAUCUCGUCAUUACUACAUAUGGAUCCGUGUCCAAUGAACUCAGCUCGCGUAGCAAGGGUAAGGAAGGGCUGUAUCCCCUGGAACAACUAGGAUGGUUCCGCAUUGUGCUUGACGAGGCGCACAUGAUUCGUGAGCAGGCCACGCUGCAGUUCAAGUCCAUUAUCCGUCUCCAGGCGCAAAGGCGUUGGGCCGUGACAGGAACCCCUGUGCAGAAUCGUCUGGAGGACUUGGCCUCACUCCUUGCAUUCCUACGCCUACACCCCUUUGAGCACCGCAGCAAGUUCACGCGGUACAUCGUCGAGCCAUUCAAGGCGGCCGACACUGAAGUUGUGCCAAAGCUGCGCAUCCUGGUCGAUAGUAUUACGCUACGACGUCUCAAAGACAAGAUCGACCUACCGCCACGCGAAGAUCUAGUUGUGAAGCUUGAUUUCAACCCUGAUGAGCGCGGCAUCUAUGACUUAUUUGCCAAGAAUGCCGAGGACAGGGUCAAGGUCCUGGCUGGAUCCAACGACGGACAGGCCCUAGGUGGCAGCACGUACAUUCACAUUCUCAAGUCCAUCCUAAGGCUUCGCCUGCUAUGUGCCCAUGGCAAGGAUCUCCUCAACGAUGAAGACCUAGCGUCCCUCCAGGGAAUGUCGGCUGAAAACGCAAUUGAUAUCGAUGACGACGACGAGAGCGACAAGCCGGUCCUGUCAGACAAGAAGGCACAUGAGAUGUUUACGUUGAUGCAGGAGACCAACAACGAUGCCUGCAUAGAGUGCAGUCGGAAGUUAGGAUCCGGCGACACCAGCAUGGAGCAGGAGACACAGGAGGAUGUUCUUGGCUACAUGACGCCCUGUUUCCACGUCAUAUGCUGCUCGUGCAUUAACAACUACCGUUCGCGCGCCAAAGCCCUCCUCGACGACGGCCACUCGUACGGGCCCUGCCCUGUCUGCCGCACCCACGUGCGCUUCGAGUUUGUCCAGCUGUCUCGUCGAGAUGUGGACGCUGAACAUGACGGUCCACCCAAGCCGCACGGCAAAGUGCCCAAGAAGAAGUUUGAUGGUUACUCGGGGCCUCACACCAAGACUCGGGCUCUGGUGCAGGAUCUUCUCAAGGCCAAAGCAGAGAGUGAGGCUCAAGGGCUCGACCCGCCCAUCAAGUCGGUUGUCUUCUCAGCGUGGACCUCUCAUCUGGACCUCAUUGAGAUGGCACUCAAGCCCGCAGGCAUCACGUUUACGAGGCUGGACGGCAGCAUGUCGCGGACGGCACGAACGGCAGCUAUGGACCGGUUCCGUGAAGAUAGGGAUAUUCAUGUGAUUCUCGUCUCCAUCAUGGCGGGCGGUCUGGGCCUCAACCUCACGUCGGGAAGCCACGUGUACGUCAUGGAGCCUCAGUACAACCCAGCCGCUGAAGCCCAGGCUAUUGACCGCGUGCACCGCCUGGGCCAGAAGCGACCCGUCCGCACGGUGCGCUACAUUAUGCGUGGCAGCUUCGAGGAGAAGAUGAUUGAGCUGCAGGACAAGAAGAAGAAGCUGGCCAGUCUGAGCAUGGACGGGCAGAGCAAGGCUCUCGACAAGGCCGAGGCGGCUAGAAACAAGCUGAGAGAUUUGAGGAGCCUGUUCAAAUAA